UUGCACGUCCCUUGCUUUGCUUGAAGUGCUUGAUGUACUGCCGCUGGGCCAGUAUAAAACGGAGUGGCAAAUACACUGUUCACCAUUGUAUCAUCAUGAGUGUGUUAAAAGUGCGGUUGUUCUUAGCGUUUCUGUUACUUACCAUAACGAAAGCUCACGGUGACGAACGAAACGUCACUGAUUCAAUCCUGGAAGGGCUUGAAUAUAAAACCUUAACAGCCAAACUGGACUACUUGCAGCACAAGCUUACGGUGAUGGAUUAUUCGCUAAAGGAGGAUCGUGUGAUCAUCGAUCGAAGGUUGGCAUAUCAAGAAGCGAUAUCGGAAGGGAUACUGGCAGUCAUGAAGCGGAUGAGUAACAAUCUAGUCGAUCUUACUGGAGCCAUCAAUCAGCUAAGGUCGAUAAGUAACAAUUGCACCACUCCACCGCAGAAGCAUCAGUGGAAUCAAACGAUCACGGAGCAGAAAGGCAACUAUCACGAAUGUUAUAUGCCACAGGUGAUUCACGUGUCGCGGGAAGAUCAGCUCAAGGACAGUUCUGGCCUGGCAGUCUCUCGUGCAGUCUUAGUUCGAUCGUGCAAAGAGGAACCAUCGAAGCGUACGGGCAAGUACUGGAUAAAACCUACCGAACACGACGAACCAUUUCUGGGCUAUUGCGAACAAACUAGUUUCGGUGGAGGAUGGCUUGUGUUCCAGUAUCGUUUUAACGGAUCGGUGGAUUUUAACCGCGACUGGGUAGCGUAUCGGAAUGGUUUUGGUAGUGUCGAUGGAGAGUUUUGGCUCGGGCUGGAGCGUUUACAUCGCAUUACCGCGGCACAAAUCCAUGAGUUGUUGGUGGAGCUGAAAGAUUUCUCCGGCAAGUACAAGUACGCACGAUACAGUGUGUUCAAGAUUGGCAGUGAGGUGGAGCAAUAUUCGCUGAAAAUGUUGGGUGUGUACGCAGGCACUGCAGGAGAUUCAUUAAAAUUUCAUAAGGGAAUGAAGUUUAUAACAAACGAUCGGGAACCUGAUGGAAGAACUACUUCCGAGGGAGCGUGGUGGUAUAACCGUUUAUCCACAUCCAAUCUUAGUGGACGCUACAAAAAUGGCAAUUCCCUCAAAGCAUGGUUCCACUACAAAGACUCGUUUGAAGGUUUCGCAUACUCGCGAAUGAUGAUUCGCGAAGUUUAACGCGCAAGUGCACUAUUGUUAUGGCAAUAUGUAAAGUAAAACACACUCGUCUAUUUUGAGGACACAGAGUGGACGAGGCUAGGUUUCAUAAAUAAAAAAUAAAUGUAGAAAUAAGUGCACAAAUUAAAAUUUAAUGUGUUGUCUAUGUUAACUUAAUCUAACACAACUCAAACCUAGCUGAGUGCUGGUGGGCAUCGAGUCUCUAAAGCA